GGUGGGGAAAGGAUGAGUUAAUCAUGAGGUUUUCGAGCCAGUCAUGGUUUCUGCAGCUUGCAAAACGUUGUGACUCGUUUCACAACAACCCCUGCAGCGUGCAUCAUGUUUCCUUGGCUGGGACUUUUCUAGGUUGUCCUCUGUUUUCCUCUUCUGCGAGGCGGCUCAGACCCCAGGUGCAGACUUUAUCAGCCCCGCUUCUGAUGCACGCGCCUGCUGGCUGCAGACAAGGCCCGCUCCAGGCUCGCGCUCACCGCGGCCGCUGCUUGGGUGGCAAGAUUUAUUUCAGGCAGAGAAUGAACCAGCCUCCAAAUGCCUCUCAAACCCGGGAACUCAAACAAGACACCGUGUACUUUCCCGAGCAGCGGAGCUGCCAGGGAACUUGCAGGGAGCGCUGCUGGCCUUCGGCUUGAAUGCGUUUUCCAAAGCGAGCUCUGGGGGGGUUGCGAGGUUCGCGUAACAUUCCGCUCUGCAAAGCAGAUUGCAGACUGUGCCGCGUCCGACGACCGCGCUCUGAUCCGCUCCUACGACCGAGCCGUCCGCUCCUAUAAGGACACCCUGGGAGCUGACAACACGGACCAGGCAUCCAAGAGCUCUGAGUCCUCAGCCUCCAGCGGGGCCGAGAGCGAGGGAGAUGUGGAGGAGGAGGAGGAGAAGAAAGAGGAGGAAGGCUCCCAGUGGAAGGUGGGUGACGCCUGCGGCGCCGUCUGGUCCGGAGACGGGCUGCUCUACCCGGCUCGCGUCGUCUCCCUGAGCGAGGAGGGGGACGCCUGCGUGGUGGAGUAUGAGCACUACGGCAAUCAGGAGGAACAGAGGCUGCGGGACCUGUUCCCCCCCGGCAGGAGCCCGGAUGACUUGCUGGAGCCCCGGAGAACGUGGAAGGUGGGCGACGCCUGCAGCGCCAUCUGGUCGGAGGACGGGCUGCUCUACCCGGCCACGGUGCGGUCGGUGGACGCCGCGGCGGGGACGUGCCUGGUGGAGUUUGUCGGCUACGGGAACAAGGAACAGCAGGCGCUGGAGGAGCUGCUGCCCCCUUGUGGAGCCGUGGAUGGGGACCUGGGCAGCUGGAGGGCUGAAGCGGAUGCCCCCGGAGUGCCCAGGGGACGCAGCCCCAGCUUCCCCCACGAGCCGCCCCACAGCUGGAGGAGGCAGAGCACGAAAGGGGAGUGGGCUCAUUACUUCUCCCCGCCGCCCAAGAGCGGCUCCUGGUGGCCCGGUCCCUUGCUGCCCUUCGGCCCCCCGCCGCGCAGAUCCGCCUGCCCCCCGAUCGUCCCUCCCCCCCCGCCACUGCUUCUGGACUCGCUGUGCGCAGAGGAUGAUGAGGGGGGGGCCCUGGCCUGCAUGCUCCUGGCCUGGUACAUGAGCGGGUACCACACUGGCUUCUACAUGGGACUCAGACAAGGCCGGGCGGAGGCGGCGACCCCCCCUCCAAAGCAGGGACCACGGUGGAAGAAGUCGUCCCCGCGCAGUUAGGGGCAGCUGGGUCUGGCUUCUUGCUCCCCCCCGGCGGGCUUGAGGCAGCGGCACCGUCGGCCAGAGGUCUCCGCGCUGGCACCGGCGCUCAUGCUUCGAGGACUGGGACUCUGCAGUGCUGGGUACCAGCUCGCCGUGCAC